AUGGAUGGUUUCUGUUUGUACCUUACAGGUGAUGGAAGCGUGUGCCCUGUAUCCAGGUUAUAUUGUGCUGGCUGUGGUGAGGCCAACAUCGUGGUGCCAGACUCCAAGAUCGUGAACGGGUCGGACGCCUCGCCCGGAGAGUUCCCAUACCAGGUGCACUUGACCCCCAUCAUUGAUGGAGAAAAAUAUGGGUGUGGCGGGUCUAUCAUCAAGAAGAGGUGGAUACUGACCGCCGCCCACUGCUUCUUUGACGACGCUGGCAACAGAGCGACACGUGUGACUGUGGGGGUCGGGUCCAUCUUCACGGAAGGCUUGACUCAGGUCACCACCAAACAGUUCAUCACCCACCAGGCAUAUGACCCUACAACUUUUGCAAACGACAUCGCCCUGGUGGAGCUGGCUACUGACCUGCCCUUCGAUACCAACCCUGAUGUGCAGCCCAUCUGUCUGGGGCAGGAGAGUGACAUACCCUACGGAGGCAGGGUCGUCGUUAGUGGCUGGGGUGCACUGGCUUCUGGAGACACCCUGUUCCCCAAUGUGCUGCAUAAAGUACAGUUGAACGUCAUCACCAUUGGUGAGUGUCGCGCCCUGACCACACUCCCCCCAGACCCAACCAAGGAGAUGUGCACCCUCACACCUUACAAGGAUGCGUGUCAGGGUGACAGCGGUGGAGCCCUGGUGGCGCAGGUGUGCCCUGGCCGCUGGGUGCAGGUGGGCAUCGUCAGCUACGGGAAGGGCUGUGGCGAGCCUAGGCAGCCAGGAGUGUACCUCAGAGUUACCGCGUAUGUUGGCUGGAUCACCCAGACAACUGGAUCACGCACUUGCUAAACUGGUCCACUGUUACAACCUGCUGUACUGGUCCACAACCACCACCUGCUGAACUGGUCUCACUACCACCGGAAGAACUGGUCUCACUACCACCUGCUGAACUGGUCUCACUACCACCACCUGCUACACUGGUCUCACUACCACCACCUGCUACACUGGUCUCACUACCACCGGAAGAACUGGUCCACAACCAACACCUGCUGAACUGGUCCACCACCACCACCUGCUGUACUGGUCCACAACCACCACCUGCUGUACUGGUCCACAACCACCACCUGAAGAACUGGUCUCACUACCACCUGCUACACUGGUCUCACUACCACCACCUGUAGAGUUGGUCACACUAUGUUACGACCUGAGUGGUCUAUUUAAGAGACUUGUGUCUCUUAAAUAGAGUUUAGAGUUUUUGUCAGAGUUUACACAAAUACGAAGAGUGUGUUCGGCGAGUUUGUUACUGGUGUCAAUGCUGGCCGUCGUACCAUCAAGUAGUAAUAUGUAAUCUACCGGCUGUUUUUAAGAAUUUUAACUUAAUAUUUGACUAAUUAGUAAGCAGCCAGUGAGAUAGUUAUCUUUAUAGAUUAUUUUGUUAAGUAUUUAAGCAGAACACAUUGAAGUAUGUGGACGGUUACAGUUCAAGGUUUUUACAGAACGCUGCUUGGAGGGGCACAGACAUUCAGGUUGGCCAUGGCAGUCUGUGAGGAAGGUUGCAUCAGCCUUGACAGCCUUAUUUGCCCACGUCCAUAUCUGCCACCGCUUUCCUUUGUAGAUCUUAUAUAUUAUACUGUAACUUACAGGUCACUCACAGUGUUAGUCUGGAAGAGUGAACUGUAAGAGGAUGGUGUAAGGGUAUUAAUGUUCUGAAGUUAUUAUUUUCUUCCACUAGUGUUUUAAUUCUUGCCUAGCUUGUUGUGUAGGUAUAAAUCUUGGCCUCUAUCAAACUAGAGCAUUGGAUCUUAAAGUGAAUGUCAAGAGGUAAGAUCGUUUGUUAUUAUUGUGGGGGUGUGGGGUUUUGUUAAUAAAUAGAUUGUUACAAA